AUGUGAGCUGUCAGUGUCAAGUAACAGUUUUCUGCCGUACGGUCGGUACGUUGACAGAUACCGUAAGUUAAAAACUUUUAUCUCGUGAAAGUGAAGUGUUGUGAACUGUAAAAUGGAUUUUGUUUAUUAAAAAAAGGCCUAAACUUGUAGUGUAAUAUUUUUUGCAAGUACGAUACUUUGAUAGGUCACCAUGACGAUAGACAAGCAGCUGGUGUGGGUGCGCGACGGCACGGAGGGCUUCGUGCUGGCUCGCCUCCAGGAUCUGAUGGGUGAGGAGGCGGACGUCAUCCCCCUGGACAACCGCCACCAGCGCCGAGUCGCCGCCUUCGAUGACAUCUUCCCCGCGGGGGAUCCGGCCAAGGAGGUGGAUGAUAACUGCGAGCUGAUGUUCCUUAAUGAGGCGACGCUACUCAAUAACAUUCUCAACCGUUACAAGAAGAACAAAAUUUAUACAUACGUAGCGAACAUUCUUCUAGCGGUGAACCCGUACACGGACAUACCUGACAUGUACUCUUCUAGCACGAUCAAGAAGUAUCAGGGCAGAUCGUUAGGAGAGCUGCCACCGCAUGUGUUCGCUAUUGCCGACAAAGCAUUCCGUGACAUGAAGGCGUUGAAACAGUCGCAGUCCAUCAUAGUGUCAGGCGAGUCGGGAGCGGGCAAGACCGAGUCGACGAAGUACAUACUGAAGUACCUCUGUGACCUGUGGGCGCAGGCGGCCGGCCCGAUCGAGCAGAAGAUUCUAGAUGCCAACCCCAUCCUAGAAGCGUUCGGCAACGCGAAGACAACACGCAACAACAACAGCUCGCGGUUCGGCAAGUUCAUGGAAGUCCACUUCAACAACAAGUACCACGUUGCCGGCGGACACAUCUCCCACUACCUCCUGGAGAAGUCCAGGAUAUGCCUUCAGGGACCAGAGGAGAGGAACUACCACGUAUUCUAUCUGCUGUGUGCGGGCGCGCCGCAGGAGUUGCGAGCGGCCUUGAAGAUCACCAAGCCAGAUGAUUACUUGUAUUUGAAGAAUGGAUGUACGCAGUAUUUUACAUCGCCUCAGUCGGAGAAGAAAAUAAGCGCCAGUCAGAAAAGCAAAGAGCAACAAACCAAGGGCGGCCUGAGAGAUCCUAUACUGGAUGACGUAGAAGACUUUCAACGCUUGCAUCAGGCGUUGUCCCGUGUCGGUCUAUCAGACGACGAGAAACGCGGUGUAUACAGUGUGGUAGCGGCAGUGCUACAUCUGGGUAACGUCGCUUUCGAAGAAGAGGGAGGGGCGCGGGGAGGCUGCCACGUCGCACCCAACUCUGAACCCGCACUAGCCACGGCUGCUGCGCUACUAGGAGUCGAUCCUGGCGAGCUACGUAUGGCGCUAGUGUCGCGAUUAAUGCAGAGCUCGCGCGGCGGCAUGAAGGGAACCGCUAUCAUGGUACCCUUAAAGACAUACGAAGCGAACAACGCCAGGGACGCGCUAGCGAAAGCCAUCUACAGCCGUCUGUUCGACUUUAUAGUACAUCGGAUCAACUCGAGCAUACCGUUCCAAACUUCGUCUUACUAUAUUGGAGUACUUGAUAUUGCUGGUUUUGAAUACUUCCAAAUGAAUAGCUUCGAACAAUUCUGCAUCAACUACUGCAAUGAGAAGCUGCAACAGUUCUUCAACGAGAGAAUAUUGAAGAACGAACAAGAGCUGUACAAGAGGGAAGGACUUAAUGUACCCGAGAUUAGAUAUGUCGACAACCAAGACUGUAUUGAUCUAAUUGAGAGCAAGAAUCACGGUAUAUUCCACAUUCUGGACGAAGAAUCCAAACUGCCGAAGCCGGACUUCGAACACUUCACACUGUCUGUGCACAAAGAGCUCGGAGGCAACAGCCCCAACGCCCGCAUUCAAGUCGCCCGCACGUCUCGAUUGAAGGCGCACCGCGCUUUAAGAGACCACGAAGGAUUCCUACUGCGGCACUUCGCUGGGGCCGUCUGUUAUAGCACGAGUCAGUUCAUCGAAAAGAACAACGAUGCGUUACACGCUUCCCUCGAGUUCCUAGUGCAGGAGUCAAACAGCUCGCUAGUGCAGCAGCUGUUCCAGAACACAGACAACAACAACGCUAAAGGCAAACUCAACUUCAUAUCCGUGGGAUCGAAGUUUCAGACUCAACUGACACAGUUGAUGGGCAAGUUGAAGGAGAAUGGUACAAACUUCGUCCGUUGCAUCAAGCCCAACUCUCGCAUGGUGGGCGGAGUGAUCGAGGGGUCGCUAGUGCUAACUCAGCUGCAGUGUAGCGGCACCGCGUCCGUGCUAGCACUGAUGGAGCACGGGUACCCGUCACGAGCGCCGUUCGCUGAGCUACACGCGCUAUAUAAGGAUCUUCUGCCGGCUAGACUACAGCAUUUGACGGCUAAACUGUUCUGUCAGGCAAUCGUCCACAGUUUUGGUCUAUCGGACAAGGACUAUAAGUUCGGUGUGACCCGCGUAUUCUUCCGACCCGGGAAAUACUCUGAGUUUGAUACGAUUAUGCGCUCAGACCCUGAAGGGUUGAAGGCGAUUGUCGAGUCAGUACUCGCAUGGCUCGUUAAAGCGAGAUGGCGCCGGUCUAUAUUCACUGCGCUGUCGGUUAUAAAACUAAAGAACAAGAUAUUAUACCGUCAGAGAUGUCUGAUCAAGAUUCAGAACAGUAUUCGCGGCUAUCUAGUACGGCGACGUCACCAGCCUCGCUAUCGGGGGAUCGCCAAGAUCAAAACUCUCGAGCACAAUCUGCAAGACAUGGAGACUGUCACCGCUCAACUCAAGAAAGAGAAGGAGAAUGCGAAGAAGAAUAUAGAAAACCUGAGGAACUCUAUACGAAGCGCGUGCGCGGCAAUUAAGAGUAAUCCAAACAUAUCACGUACUGAAAUCGACCAGCUAUACACCAAACUAACUAAGGAUGUUGAAACCCAGAUGUCCGCGUUGAAGAAAGCCAUGGCAGACCAAAAGAACAGUGAGGAGCAAGAGCGACUACGCAAACUCGAGGCGGAGAUGCGCGCCGCUGAGGAGGCAAAGAAGUUAGAGCAGGAAAGACUGCGACAGGAGGAGGAGAAUAGACGACUAAAAGCGGAAAUGGAAGCACGGCGGAAGGCGGAAGAAGCGGAGCGGAUCCGGCAGGAGGAGCAGGACCGCGCCGCCGCCUUGAAGCUACAACAACAACUGCAGGACGCCGCACGCGCUGACGAGGAGAACAGAGAGAGAUUGGAGCAAGAGAGAAGGGACCACGAAAUGGCUGUCCGACUCGCCAGGGAGACUAACGGUCAUGUAGAAGGUUCGCCUCCUCAGCUAAGAAGUUUCCCAACAAUGGACUCGAUGAACGGAGAAAAUAAAUUGAACAGAUCGGAACGAGUACGUAUGCAGCAGGCGAUGCAGGGCAAACAGAAGUACGACUUGUCCAAGUGGAAGUAUUCCGAACUGCGUGAUACUAUCAACACUUCCUGUGAUAUUGAACUGUUGGAGGCGUGUCGUCACGAGUUCCACCGUCGCCUGAAAGUGUAUCACGCGUGGAAGGCAAAGAACGCGCGCAAGACGACCAUGGCGGAGCAAGAGAGGGCGCCACAGUCGAUCAUGGAUGCGGCAAAAACUCCCCGACUGCCGCAAAAGGGUGACGUGUUGGGCGCGCGGCACCGCUACUUCCGCAUCCCGUUCGUGCGCGCGGGCGGCGGCGGCGGCGCGGAGGAGCGGCGCGGCUGGUGGUACGCCCACUUCGACGGCCAGUACGUCGCGCGACAGAUGGAGCUGCACCCCGACAAGACGCCCGUGCUGCUGCAGGCCGGCGUGGACGACAUGCAGAUGUGCGAGCUGAGCCUCGACGAGACUGGUCUGACGCGCAAGCGCGGAGCCGAGAUACUGGAGCACGAGUUCGAGCGGGAAUGGGCGCAGCACAACGGCCCGCCGUACCGGCCGCCGCACUCGCGUGCUAACAGAGCCUAGAAUUCCAGACCACACAAUGAAAUGUAGCGUGGAUUUUAUAAUGGUAGCUUAAUAAAAUAUUACUUAGUGCUUUCAAAUGUGCCUUCAAAGGUUUAAUAUAUUUAGUGCAAUAAAAGAUGUUAUUGAUUGAAUGAUAUUCCACCGCAGAGUUUAAUGUGAUUGUAAAGUACACAAUACUAUAGUAAUAGAUAUAUUUGUGUGAGAUGUGGUGAAGAAUAGUAAAGAAGUUAUUAUAGAGGCUUCGCCUACCAGUUCAAAAACGGUAAACUAAUAUUAUGUAACUUUAAUAUUACAAGUUUUUAAUAAUGUAUUGAAAUACAGUACAAACCCUUUUCAAACUGAAAAUGUGUUCUCUAUUU